AUGAGUUAUUUACUAAAGGAAAGUUGGUGCCAAGAUGAAAAAUUUCAUCUUGCUAAAGAUACUUUGAUGCAACUCAUCAAUGAACGAGCAAAGCUAAGGUACUGCUAUGAGAAGACAAGAGACGAGUUUGAAGCUCUCUACAAGCGGACACUAUGGCAUGAAAGUGAAAUAGAGAAGGUUUUUGAAACAAGACGACAGCUCGUACGGAACCUCAAACUCAAAUUACACUUACAACAGAAGGAGGCCUUCCUUCUCUUCAGGAGGGAAACAAAUAUGUUGAAACAAUCACUAAUUGAUGUUAAAACUAAGAUCAUCAAUACAAAGUUGAGCCAACUUGCAGUAGAUGAGAGAGAAUGUCACGAGACCUUAAAGGCGAAUAAACUAGUAUUGAGAGGCAUUACUACCAUGUCUGAGAGAAGAUUAACGCAACAAGUUCGGGAUUUUGAGUCUUGUAUGGUACACCUUGUAAGGUCCAAUCAGAGUCAACAGAAAACGUUUAGCUUGCUCAUUAUGAAGCAAGGUCUCAGAAAACGUAGCAUAGAAAAUCAGCUAUCCCAGAUAUCAGUUAAGCGCCCUAGUUUAAUGUCUGAAAGGAAAAUUUUGGAGUCCGAUUAUAGGAGUAUGCAAAAACAAAAGAGCAAUACAGAAGAACAACUAAAAUUAAUGACAAUUACUAGAAAAACCCAGAAAUCAUCGGCAAACGAAAUCAAAGAUAGUCAGAUAGUUGAAUCUUCCUUGCAAGAGGUCAGGACCUCAUCUGCGAACCACCAGCGUCUGCUCCAAAACAAGGAACUCAAGACUAGAAACUUACACAAUAAGCUUCAAGGCUUAAAGGGAAAUCUGAGGGUAUAUUGUCGGCUCAGACCUUUGGUUACAGAUGAACAAGAAUCAAUUGGGUUUAAUAUUUCUGACAUGGAAUGGAAUUUAAAAGAAAGCAUCACCAUUUAUGCAGGAGCAACAGGCAACAACCGUAUUGGAAAAUCUGUUAUCAAGGAACAAAAGACAUAUACGUUUCAUUUUGACAAAGUUUUUUCUCCUUUCAGUACCAAUACUGAUAUAUUCCGGGAGAUCAGUCCGCUGAUUCAUUGUGCCUUGGAGGGCACUAAUGUUACAAUUUUUGCUUACGGUCAGACUGGAUCCGGGAAAUCAUUCACAAUGUCUAAAAUUGACGAUGGCUUGAUCUCUCGAUCUAUGGAUUUGCUAUUCAAUGAACGAAAUAAGGAUAUUCGCAUAUUUGUUCAGUUAAUUGAGAUUUACAAUAACAAAUUGUUUAAUCUUCUUGAACACAAGAGAAAUAAGCCAUAUGAGAUUAGACAUAACAAGACAACUCGUACAACCGAGGUUUUAGGGAUGGACGAAAUAUUUGUGAAUUCACAAGAGCAGAUAAAGGAGAUGUUACUGAAGGCGGAAGAAAACAAGAGAACCUCUGCAACUAACAUAAACGAAAAAUCAUCCAGAUCCCACACUGUGUUUCGAUUUGUUUUUAGGAGCUGCGAAACAAACUGCCUAAUAAGUACCUUGCACCUUAUUGAUCUUGCUGGCUCCGAGCGGAUAUCACAAUCCAAAGUGAUAGGGGAUCGUCUUAAGGAGACCCAACAUAUCAAUAAGUCACUCAGCUGCCUCAAUUACGUCGUUCAUUCCAUACACCAAAACCACCACCAUAUACCAUAUCGGAACUCCAAAUUGACAUACCUGCUUCAAUAUAGUUUGGAACCAAGCAGUAAGACAUUGAUGUUUGUAAACGUCAACCCCAAUAAAUUAUUCUUCAACGAGACGUUGACAAGUCUAAGAUUCGCAGAGAAAGUAAACAAUACCAAGGUUAUUUCUUACAAUGCUUAA